CAUGAUUUUAAUUUGAAAAGGUGUGCAAAAAAAUGAUCACUGAAUUUGUUGGAAAUUUAUUUUGCCCCCCGGAACCGGGACAUGUCUUUGUUAUCUCUGGCAAAACGACAGAUGCGGCAAUGAGAUUGGACAUUGAUUUCCUCGCCAGUAAAGACGUUGAUGCCAAUUGCCUGCUCCAGAUCAGCAUUCAUUUCCACAAAGACGUCGUCGUGCGCAAUUCUCGCAUCAACAACGAAUGGGGAGAGCCAGAAACGAGCGAAAAUCUCGACACGGUAGCAGGUGUUCGUCCCCUGGUUGAAGGUCAACGGUUUCGUUUGUGCAUUUUAGUGACAGAAACGAAUUUUAUGAUCGCUUUUAACGAUACCCCGUUCUGUACUUAUGCAUUCCGCGGCGAAACUUCCGAAAUUAAAACGUUGCGAAUCACAAAAGAUCUUCAGUACGUCAACCAAGUGGAUCAUCGUCGUUGUUAUCCGUCGCCGAGACCGCUUGUGUGGCUAAAUGACGAUUACCAUUCGUUCUCGAACGACGUUCCGAAGAAAUUUAUGGCAGGACAUGCGAUGGUCGUUAAGGCAAUUCCCUUUGGAAACCCAAAAGGACGAUUUACGGUCACAUUUUUCGAGAACGAAACGAAAAAACAAGCGUUCCACUUCAAUGCACGAUUCGAUGAGAUGCGCGUCGUACGGAAUUCCACCAAUGACAAAUUAGUUUUUCGCGAGGAAGAGUCCAACGGUGAAUUUCCCUUUGUCUUUGAUCAGCAAUUUAAGAUGGCAAUCGCUCUCAGUUUGACACAUUUUUUGGUAGCGAUCGACGGAAAGCGUUUCUGCACGUACAAAUAUCGAACACAAAAUCAGUUUGAAGCGUUGAAUGGCUUUAAAAUCUUUUGUUUGGAACAAAUGCGACUGGAAGUGGCGUCAAUUGAUCAUAUUUACACGGGAUCGCCAACGUGUGCGGAAUUUGAGUCAUUUUCAAAUCCUGACGUGGAAUUAUUUUAACAAAAAUUAAGUACUUACAUCGCCC